CCCCCUAAUUUUUACACAAAUCAAAUUCUUUCAGUUUCCCGGUACAACAAAUAUUCUCACCUGCAAAUUAUUCUUGAAUCUUGAUCAUUAUAUAUGGGUUCUACUGGUACAUUCCGCAGUCUUGAAAUCGAUGUCUUGUCUGCAGAAAAGCUACGGUUAGAUGGAAAAUCAGUGAAAAAGGACACGUUCGUGGUGGUUAGAGUUGAUCCUGUGAAUUACAAAUCAACAAAGGCUGAUCAUCAAGGAGGAAGCAAUCCUUCCUGGAAUGAGAAACUAGAGAUAGACAUGUCAAUGCACGUUCACUUUAUUACCCUAGAAGUACAAUGCAAGGUUGGGUCAGGGAAUAGAGUCAUCGGCAUUGCUAGCAUUCCUGUUUCUGAUUUUAUGGGUGGUUAUGCACCAGAAAAUUAUUUGCACUUCCUGAGUUAUCGGUUGAGGGAUUUGAGGGGUGAAAAGAACGGUAUCAUUAAUGUUUCCGUAAAAGUUAAGGGGGCAGCGCAUAUUGUAAUUCCAGCUGGGAGAAAGGAUUUACCGGCUGGAUAUACAUCGUCGCCUUCGUCUUCAGGGUUUGGAUUGUCACAACCAACUUGGGGAGUGCCUGCGCGUCAGAAUAAUUUUUACGACGGAGGAGUUGUGACUGGUGUUCCUGUUCCUGUUCCUGUUUGGAGACAGAAAGAAAGCCAGCAAUUCCGAAUCAAGUAAACAAUGAGAAGGUGUGAGAUUUCAGUACCAUUCGAGUACAGCUCCCAAACAAAACAAUAAAACGACGUAAAGUUUGGAAAUUUAUUGCGGAAAGUAAGAUUGAGUUCCGUUGAAUGUACAACACUUACAGAUGAUUGCUACUAUAUUUUAGAUAGAUUCUGACUGCUCCUGCCAAAUAUUUAAUUUAAGCCUGAGAAUCUUUGGAUUACUCCAAGAGAGCCAAGAUUAAAGAUUUAAAGAAUUAAACGGGUGUUCUUAAAAGGACACUGUAAGAAUUAUGGAUGAAGAUUGCUGAGAUCAAAUAAUCCUAGAGAUUAUACAACAGUCAUUGAGGUGUUAAGGAAUAGUCAUAAGCAUUAGUAAAAAUGAGAAGAUUAAUCAUUCCUCAAGAUUUAAGAACAUCAUUAUUCUGUAGCUCUUGUUUCUAUUCCAGAUGAAACCUAAUUUCAAGUUUGCCUAUUGUA